AUGUAAGCCUAAAAUCAAUUAAAGUGGAGUGAUUUGUAAAAAGAUGAGAAGGAGAAUACUCUUCGAAAUAAUAAUGAAUGUAAAGAUUGAUAAAUAAGCUUAAAAGAGCCUAAAUUGGCAUAUUUAUUAGAUAAUGUCAUGAAAGUGAAUAGCAUCAAAUUCACUUUAGGUCCUAAUAAAAUAUCAAAAGUGAUGAUUGGUUUAUGUGAUAAGAGAAUUCGUUAAGAAAGAGGAAUGAUUUUUUAGGAUAAAUCAUUUGUUGGUCAUGGUACAUAUUUGCUUUAUUCUGUGGAUUGCUAUAAUUCAUGUAUCUAAUUAAAUAAUUAAUUAUAGUCUUGUUUAGUCAUUGGGAUUUAGAAUGUAAUUAUAAUGAAGGAGGAUUUGUACUUUAUUAAAAUGAUGAAGUAGAAGUAACAUUUGAUUUGGAGAAAAAAACAUUAAGAAUAUUUGAUAUAAAGAAACCAGAGAGAAAUGUAUAGUUUUAAACUGAACAUCAUAAAUUAGAAGAUUUACACCUUUGCGUAGUAAUAAUAUAAGGUGAAUUAAUAUUUCAUAGAUGA